AUGGCCAGCUCAAAAUCAGUGUCCAAUAGUAGACAAGAGACUGACUGUACAAACAUUACCACUAUAUCUGACAUCUGGUUGAGUGACAAUCACUGCAAUCACACAACUAUGACAUCCACUCCAAGAAGUGCUGGCGAAGACUCUCUCAACGAGUCGUGGGUCGAAGUGAACGGUAGCCAAACGAUGGGAACUCCCGUUCAUCUGAUGGGAAGAAGUGGUGGAAUACACAGUGGUUUCCAUAGUCUCGAAAGACUUCUAUGGGAAGCACAGAAAGAGAGCAAUCAGUCUUCAUUUGGCGGAAGCGCUCGUAAUUCGCAUAGCAUUAGCCCAAAGAGCGCUCAAAGUCCGGUCUUUCCUGUCGAGUCGUUGUCUCCAAAUGAGUCACUCUUUUGCAAAGAUGAAAUGCUUGAACGGAGUCGACAGUUGAGCACUGAUUGGUUAUGGGAUUGGAGUACAAGAGAUCAAUUGCCAAAGGAGUGGACAUUGAAUCAAAUGGUGCCGUUGAGGAAGAGUCGUAUGAGUUUACGUCAGUGGGCUAUAAGACGAGGCCUUUUCUCCAAAGAAGUUCUGUCUCUACUAUUGCUGACCAAUAUUCUGUCCCUCAUUCUCGGCGCUGGCAUUGGUUACACGAUUUUGGUUCGGAGGACUAUAUAA